UCUCUCUCCGGAGCCGCUUCACUUCCUGCAGCUUCCUGCAGUGUCUCUUUAAAAGGUUGAACUCUCGUCUCUCUGAGAGCUCUGGAUUGUUUCCCCCUCUCUGCUCAGCUCUGCUCUGCUGUGUGUGUACUGACUGUACCAGAGACUGUAGCAGUGACAUGGCACAGAGACGCUGAGCCCGUCAGCAUCCAUCCUGCACCAUGGCUGCUCUCCGACGGCCGGCUGCUCCGGCUCCGGCGGCUCUCAGCGGGCUGGACUCGCUCUUCGUGCCCGCCUGCAGGCUCCUGAUGCCCGCCUGGAUGCUGCUGAGCGCCGCGGCGGGUCUGCAGGCGGAGGACGGAGGAGGAGGAGGAAUAGAAGAACUGGCCACCGAGAAGGAGGCUGAGGAAAGUCACCGACAGGACAGCGUUAAUUUACUGACAUUCAUCUUACUGCUGACCUUAACGAUUCUCACCAUCUGGCUCUUCAAGCACCGGCGGGUCCGUUUCCUCCACGAGACCGGACUGGCCAUGAUCUACGGUCUGCUGGUAGGUGUGAUCCUGCGGUACGGCAUCCCCGCCACCAGCUACCACAACAAGACGCCUCCGAGCUGCUCGCUGAAGGAAGGACCCGUCAGCACCCUGCUGCUCAACGUCAGCGGCAAGUUCUUUGAGUACACGCUGAAAGGAGAGAUCAACUCCAGAGAGAUUCACAAUGUGGAGCAGAACGACAUGCUGCGCAAGGUGACCUUUGACCCUGAAGUAUUCUUCAACAUACUGCUGCCUCCUAUUAUUUUCCACGCUGGCUACAGUCUGAAGAAGAGACACUUCUUCAGGAAUCUGGGCUCCAUCAUAACUUACGCGUUUCUUGGCACUGCCAUCUCGUGUUUUGUUAUCGGGAAUCUGAUGUACGGCGUGGUCAAACUGAUGCAAGCGAUCGGACAGCUGACUGACAAGUUCUACUACACCGACUGCCUUUUCUUUGGUGCCAUUAUCUCGGCCACAGACCCAGUGACGGUGUUGGCCAUCUUUAAUGAGCUCCAUGCAGACGGGGAUCUCUACGCUCUGCUGUUUGGAGAAAGUGUAAUGAAUGACGCAGUGGCCAUUGUGCUCUCCUCGUCUAUUGUGGCGUACCAGCCCAGCGGAGCUAACACACACAUGUUUGAUGCUGCAGCCUUUUUCAAGUCGGUGGGGGUUUUCCUGGGUAUCUUCAGCGGCUCCUUCGUGAUGGGUGCCGCCACAGGAGUCGUCACCGCUCUCGUCACCAAGUUCACCAAGCUGCACUGUUUCCCGCUGCUGGAGACGGCGCUCUUCUUCCUCAUGUCCUGGAGCACCUUCCUGCUCGCCGAAGCCUGCGGGUUCACAGGCGUCGUGGCCGUGCUGUUCUGUGGCAUCACUCAGGCUCACUACACCUACAACAACCUCUCAGCAGAGUCCACGACGCGCAGCAAGCAGCUCUUCGAGGUGCUUCACUUCCUGGCGGAGAACUUCAUCUUCUCCUACAUGGGUUUGGCUCUGUUCACCUUCCAGAAUCACAUCUUCAGCCCCAUCUUCAUCAUCGGGGCUUUCCUCUCCAUAUUCAUCGGAAGAGCGUUCAACAUCUACCCGCUGUCCUUCCUCCUCAACCUCGGCAGACGUCACAAGAUAAAAGGGAACUUCCAGCACAUGAUGAUGUUUGCAGGUCUGCGUGGAGCGAUGGCGUUCGCGUUGGCCAUCCGGGACACGGCGACCUACGCCCGCCAGAUGAUGUUCACCACCACGCUGCUCAUUGUUUUCUUCACCGUCUGGGUGUUCGGCGGUGGGACGACGCCGAUGCUGUCCUGGCUGCACAUCAGCGUUGGGGAAAGCGACGCGUUGCAGGAAGAGCGACGGCGAUAUGGAGAGUUGGAGUACCGCAGGGUCGGUGUGGACCCGGAUCAAGACCCACAGCCCUGCACAGACAGCUUCCAGGUCCUACAGGGGGAGGGCUCCCAGGGUGAAGGAACAAGUAAAACCAAACAGGAGAGCGCCUGGCUCUUCAGACUGUGGUACACCUUUGAUCACAACUACCUGAAGCCCAUCCUGACCCACAGCGGACCGCCUCUCACCUCCACGCUGCCGGCCUACUGCGGCCCGCUGGCGAGCUGUCUGACCAGCGCCCAGGCGUACGAGGAGCAGCUGAGGGACCCCGACUCUGACCUCCUCCGCAACGACGGCGACCUCACCUUCACGUUCGGUGACACCUCCAUCACAGCCAAUGGGGCAUCCGGUGGCGGCGGCGCUGGUGGGGGGGACGCAGCAGCAGGAGGUGGAGGGUCAGGCUGGAGCGCCAACGGCAAAAGGAGCGGCAGCACCUCCGAGGAGGCGCUGGAGCGCGAGCUGGACUCCCGCGAGCAGGAGCUGCUGAGCCGCGGCACGCGCCUGGUUUUCCCCAUCGAGGAUCACAUCUGACCCCUCUUGUCCUCUCCUCUCCGUCCGCCCUGCACCGCCAGCCUCCCUAACCUGACCCGACCUAACCUGACCUGACCCCCCACACCCCCUCAUCUAGACCGCCUCGCCCUCACAUCCUGCGGGCAGAGCAUCCAGACCUUCAGAGAUAAGACAAGAGAGGAGAUAUGGGAGGGGAGGAGGUUCCUCCAGAGCGCCUCGGAGACGUGAGUCCUCGUCAGGACGCCAACGCUGUUACUCUGAGAUUCACUUUUACUGAUCGAUUCCUCUGAAUCAAAAGGAGGGAAAACUUUAUGCAGGAUGUGAGGACAGAAAAACCCUCAUGUGAGAUUGGUUCUGAACAUGUGACGCUGUGUGUUCAGCUGGCGUGGCCGUCUCUCAUCAUGUGAUCGGACCAGUUUACACCAGCGAGCUCUUCUUUGCAAUCACCCCCCCCCCCAUCUAAAUGCUGAAACGAGGCUUUAAUAGUUCAAACAGGAGUUCUCUGGUAUAUUUGUACCAUCAUCAUCAUCCUCAUCAUCAUCAUCAUCUGAAGCUGCUAACAGACCAGUGUUUGUGAGGGACGUCCUUUGUCUCUCACACAGAAGCAUCAGUGUGGAGGAGGCCAACAGUGGAUGAGUUUUCCUCUCCGCCGCGUCACGGCUGAAGAAUGUGAGCAUGUAAAUAGCCACAAUGCAGAGCUUUGUUUCCUCGCUAUAGCGGGACGCUUCUCUCGCCGCGUUACGUCUCAUGACUGUUACAAAGUUUGUCUCGUCUUUGAGCUGCGUCUUUGUCUGUUCGCCGGACGGCUUUCCACAACAAUACCACGAAGAAGGAACGGAGGAGUUUUAAUUCACAUUAUAUUGUUUCUUAUGAGAUUCCCAAAACUUUAAAAGCAGAUAUGAGGUGUCCACUCUGAUACUUUACAAACUAUAAAAUAAGGAACAGGCCUUCAUCAUAAUUUAGAAAAAUUCUAUAUUGUCUACUGCAAAUAAUCUCAAGUUAAUCACACAUUUUUUUAUCUGUUCUAAAUGUACCUUAAAGGGAGAUUUGUCAAGUAUUUAAUCCUCUUAUCAACAUGGGAGUGGACAAAUAUGCUGCUUUAUGCAAAAUGUCUGUAUAUAU